GUCUAUGUCCCCACGGUGUUUGAGAAGUACACGGCCUCGCUCCAGCUCGGCGGCACGCCUGUGAAGGUCCACCUCUGGGACACAGCAGGACAGGAAGACUACGACCGGCUUCGCCCGCUGUCCUACUCGGACGCCAACGUUGUCAUCAUCUGCUUCGAUGUCACCAACCCCAACAGCUACGACAACGUCCUGACAAAGUGGUACCCGGAGGUGAACCACUUCUGCAAGAGCAUCCCGGUGCUGCUGGUGGGCUGCAAGACCGACC